AUGGAUCACGCCUCUUCGACGCUGCCUUGGGCCUCUGCGGCCACCGCCCAACGCAUGCUGUCCUACACCCAAGUCGCUUCGCCCAUCAUCCUUCUUUUCGUCUACCUCAUUGCCUUUACCGCCUUCAGCAUCCUCACCGCCAGUAAUACUAAUUCGCGUCCGGAGAAGGAAGUUCUGGGCCCCGGAGGGAAGCCUCUCCCAAAGAAAGCACACAAUAAGAAGAAGAAAGAGGAGAAUGACACAGAAGACUUGCUGGGCUGGGGCAAGCCUCGCAAGCUGCUGUUGCAAUGGCUCUCGGUCGCCGUGCUCUUCACCUUCCUCGGCAACAUCAUCGUGAUUAUCGUCCACGCCAUCUAUUCCCGCGAGGACCAUUGGUGGUGCGGCGAAGCUCCGACUAUCUAUCUGAUCGGUUCCUUCAUGGUGUACAUCCUCCUCACCAUUGCCAUGAUCGACACUGGUCCUUCACCCACCGUCGCCCACCUCGUCACCUGGAUCGUCGGAUUGGUGUUGGAGUUGAUACUCCUCGGAGCCUCCUUCGCCCUCUACACCAACGCACAUCGAGAGCCCAAGGCGGCCGAUGCAGGAGAUGGGCGGUUACAUACCAAUAUGACCCAGUGGGAGAUUGUCGAAGUCAUGAUCGACAUUGUCCGCAUCUUCCUCCUCCUCGCCCUCAUCGCCUUCUACGUCCUCUUUGCCCAUAUUUUGCAGCCGAAGAAACGCAAGGACUCGCAGGACUCGGCGGACGAGCAAACUGGCUUGCUCGAGGAGAGUCACGCAACAGCAAACGGGUCAGCAACGGGUGCAGCGAGCGGCGAGGGUCAGAACCAGACAUACGGCACGAAUGGGAAACCGAGCAAUACCGACGAGACCCCGGCCGGCUGGGAGAAGCCCAAGGAAACCCCGACUCGCAGCUGGUGGGAAUACAUCCGCGCGUACGCCGUCUUUAUCCCGUACAUCUGGCCGUCUAAGAGUCGCCGGCUACAGGUCAACUUCGUCAUCUGUAUCGCCAUUGUCCUCGUGCAGCGCGCCAUCCAGCUGCUCGUUCCCAUCCAGGUCGGCAUCAUCACCGACAUUCUUGCCGGCAUCGAUGGCCCCGUGUACAUGCCUUGGAUAGGCAUCACCGUCUACGUCACCUAUCGCCUCUUCCAGGGAGGCAACGGUCUUCUGGGAGCCACGCGACAGGUCCUGUGGAUCCCCAUCGAGCAGUACUCCUACCGCGAGCUUUCCAUUGCUGCGUUUGAACACGUCCACUCCCUCAGCCUGGACUUUCAUCUCGGCAAGAAAACCGGCGAGGUGCUGUCUGCACUCGGGAAAGGCGCGUCACUCAACACCUUCCUGGAAUCGGUGACGUUCAAUGUGGUGCCGAUGCUGGUCGACCUGGGUGUGGCCAUCGUCUACUUUUUGAUCAAAUUCGACGCCUACUACGCCCUCGUCAUUGCCGUGGUGACGUUCUGGUACAUCUACAUCACCAUCCGCAUGGCUGCAUGGCGCGCCGUCAUCCGACGAGAGGCCACCAAUGCCAGCCGAGAGGAGGAUGCGGUCAAGAACGACUCGAUGGUUUCCUAUGAGACGGUUAAGUACUUCAAUGCGGAGGCGUACGAGUUCAAUCGAUACCGUGAUGCGGUGAAGAAAUACCAGACGGCCGAGUACCAGGUCACCCUAUCGUUGGCCCUGAUGAACACCAUCCAGAACCUGGUCUUCAUGCUGGGCUUGAUCGUGGCCAGCUUCAUCGCCGCAUACCAAGUGACGGUCGGCAUCCUUAGAGUGGGUGCCUUCACCACUCUCUUGACGUACAUGGCGCAGUUGCAGGGCCCGCUCAACUUCUUCGGCACCUUUUACCGCAUGAUCCAGAAUAACAUGAUCAAUUCGGAACGCAUGCUGGAGCUGUUCAAGGAGAACCCCACCGUGGUCGACAAACCUGACGCUGCCAAGAUUCCCUCCUGUGAAGGCGAGGUGCGCUUUAACGACGUGCACUUUGCAUACGACUCGAGGAAGCCGGCAUUGAAGGGUCUGACCUUUCGUUGCAAACCGGGCACUUCGACUGCUCUUGUGGGAGAAUCGGGUGGAGGCAAGUCCACCGUUUUCCGCCUGCUGUUCCGCUUCUACAAUGUCACAUCCGGCAACAUCCAGGUCGACGCUCAUGAUGUCGAGAGCAUCACGAUCGACAGCUUGCGUUCUCACAUCGGCGUGGUGCCGCAAGACACUGUGCUGUUCAACGAGACGCUAAUGUACAAUCUCAAGUACGCCCGGCAGUCUGCAACUGACGAGGAAAUCUAUGCCGCUUGCAAGGCAGCCAGCAUCCAUGAUAAGAUCAUGACCUUCCCGGAUGGCUACGAGACGAAGGUCGGCGAGCGUGGCCUUCGUCUGUCUGGAGGGGAGAAGCAGCGAGUGGCCAUUGCACGCACCAUCAUCAAAGACCCCCGCAUCAUCCUGCUGGACGAAGCGACCGCCGCUUUGGACACGGAGACGGAAGAGCACAUCCAAGAAGCGCUGCGCACCCUCUCCCGCGGACGCACGAUGCUGAUAAUAGCACAUCGCCUGAGCACCAUCACCAUGUGCGACCAAAUCCUGGUGUUGAACGACGGGCGCGUCGUCGAGAAGGGCACGCACGCCGAGCUGCUGGGGCUCAAGGGGCGCUACGCAGGGAUGUGGAAGAAGCAGGUGCGCGCGCAGAGGGCGGCUGAAGAGGCUCGCUUCCUGAAGGAUAAGGCGGAUAGGCUCCGCCGGGAGAGCAUGGACAGCAACGCCAUUCGCGCGCGGGGUGCCGACGGGCAUGAAGAUUCCGCGGGCGGCAGCAGCGACGAGGAAGACCAGAUGCAGCGGCAGCGCGAGCAGCACGAGCUGGAGUCGACGUUGUCGUCGUCGCCUCGUCCCAUGGUCCCGCAGGCGCAUAUCGACUCUGUGCUCGCCAGCGAUCCUGGGACGGAUACUCUGCCGCAGCGCGAGGCGAUGAAGAGUGGCACUGUUCGCUCGCCGUCGCCGGUUGCUGAAGAGCCGGCUCAGUCUACGAGUCAGCAUCGCUGA